CUGACAAAACAUAUGGUGGUCAGACGGGAACUAAACGACUUACUACCGAGACACAGACUGUUGCAGCGUAAACAAGAUAGAAAUCACAAAACAGAGUAAAAGGUCCAUUUAACUAUUUUUCACAAGCCAUUUAUUUGAUCAUUAGUGACAUAGGCCUACCAUUUCGUCUCAUAAUGUAAAUAGAAAUAUAUAUUUUUUGUUAUUUCCAUUUUGUUAAUUUCCUGUAGUAUUGUAAUCUAGCUCAUCAUGGUGGACCAGCUGGCUUUCACGCAAGAGAACAGAGAGCGGAUCCAGGCAGUGGAGAACUCCUUUGGUCCCUCUGGGAGGUCCCUGUACAGACCUGACCGGGUCUUGAUAGGCGAGGGGCGGCUGAUGAAGCUGUGUCGACGCCACCCCCAGCCUAAAGUAUUUUUCUUGUUUAAUGACAUUUUGGUGUACGGUAGCAUCAUCCUUCAUGGACGCUGGCACAAGAACCAGCAUGUAAUCUCCCUGGAGGAUAUCCAGCUAGAGGACCUGGAGGACGGGGUCAUCAUGGAGAACCAGUGGCUGAUCCGCACACCACAGAAGUCCUUCUAUGUGGCAGCUGCCUCCGCUGAGGAGAAGCGUGCCUGGAUGAAGCACAUUGAGGACUGCAGGUCCAAGCAGCUGCAGCAUGCCGGCUGCCAGCCCGGAUGCACCUUCGCCACCACCUGGAUCCCUGACCGGGUGUCCGCCAUCUGCAUGCGCUGCUCUAAAACGUUUCGGGUCAACAAACGUCGCCACCACUGUCGUCGCUGCGGCUUUGUCGUCUGCAACGCCUGCUCCAAGAACCGGGCCGUGAUCUGCCACAUCUCUACUAAGCCUGUGAGGGUGUGUCGACUGUGUCACCUCAGUCUCCAGGACCAUGGGGAGCUGACUCAGGAUGAGGUGCAUCUUCGGGGGGACAGUGAUGGGAGGAACUGCUCUGAUGAAUCUGAGCUGGUCAUGCCCGAGUACGAGGCGACUAGCGACGAUGAGGCGGAUGAGCGGGUACAACACCACGCACCAAGCAAGUGGGUUGAGUGUCACAACUCUUGGUCCCCAUAUAACUAUUUAAAGCCGGACCAUCGAAGUCUCAAGCUCACUGGAUUGUCAAGUCACUUGACUUGACUUGGUUGACAAUUGGACGAUGUGAGAGGACCCUGAAAAGUAUUUACUGAAUGAGUAUGUGGUGAAGAGCGCCAAAUCAAGACGAUACAUGAUCACAUGUAAUCAUAAAUAUUGCACAAAUAUGAACACUAAUCCUAAUCAUAUAAUGUAUGCAUUGGAUCAAUAUAUUCCUGAUAAUAAUAUAUACCUUUGAGUGUUUUGGGGGGCUUAUUUUUGUUAUCUUUCUGAUAAAGGUUAACCUGUAGUAUUCAUUGUUGACUGGCCAUUAUGCAU